AUGCGACGAUAUCUGAAGAAGGCUACUUGUCAGGGCUCAAUCAGUUUCGACCUCUUCCUGAAUUUGACAAAGUAUCUCCGCAAAGAACGCGAUUUUGUGCCUCUGACUGUCGCUUACCGAGCCUUCAAUUACCUGUAUGAAAUGCUUGUUCUUCACGAAACCCACGAUCUGAUGAAGAAAUAUGUGAGAAAUCUGAUAAAUGACUCCUAUCAGGCAGUCAACUGGACUACAGCAACAAGCUAUGAGAAUCACUUGACCAAGCGCCAGGCUGUCAUUGCUGUUGUCGCCCAUAUGAUCCUCGAUCUGCCACCUGCUCUUGACUAUCUGACCUUCGAAGCAUAUGGAUGUACUGACCGGAUGUUGAUUAAGAAACAUGGCAUACCCACUAGCCUCAGUCGAACGGUUUACUGCACGGCGGUUCGGUGGGGAGGUGCCAAAGAAUGGGACUUUCUGCACAAGCUUCGAAGGGAGGUUUUGCAUGAGGACGAAAAGUAUCGAAUUAUCGAGGCUCUUGGCUGCACGCGUGACUUUGGAAGACUACGCCUUCUACCACUCCGGAUACUCUUCAAGGCCAUUGAGAAACGCCGCAUAAUAAUCGAGGCGUUACCCAUCCAAAAUGAGUUGCGAGACAUGUACAAUGCCCUGAAGGAUGAUCCAGAACGUCAGACUGCUCGUUCUAUUGCACGGAUACUGAUUCAGUGUAUUCGAGACAAGUACUGGCUCUCCAAGUAUCGUGGCGUCAUCUACAAUUGGCUGAAGAGACAGAAUUUGUAG